AUGUCUCCCCCCUUCAACUCGGACGCCCCCAGCUCCAGCGCCAGCGCCAGCAAUCCACUUCCCCAGAAUCAUGAGUCGUAUGCUGCCUCUGGCGAGGUGAAGAGCUCGAUGGAGCCAAAUCCCCCGGCUUCAUCACAGAAUGAAGACAACAUGGCCCAGCCCAACUCUGCUGCAGCGCCUCCCAACCCAUCAGAGGACUUGAUCUCCCUCGACGAGCACCCACAGCCUUCUCCCACGGCUGUCACUGUGGGUGCGCAACACGAUGGCCAACCCGAGAAAUCCAACCCGCACGAACUGCGACCAGAGGUGCCGCCAAAGACAGAUGAUGGCAGUGACGGCUUGAAUGCCUCUGUUGCAACUCUGAAGCCUGCGACAACCCCAACCACCACAAUCGCCACUUCAUACCUGAAUGUUGAAACAAAACCUUAUGUCGACCCUACACCAUCUACUCCAACCGAGUCCCAGCCUCCUUCGAGGACGCCUUCCAACGCUGCCGACCGGCCUCGCCUGUCCCUCGACUCUUCACGAGGAGGACGGUCAGACGACGAGAAACGGCGUGCAAGUGAAGAUGAUCGAGAGAACGAUGCGUCUGAGAUCCAAAAUAUUAUGACCCAGUUCAGGGAGGGCGGUCCAGGCGAAGAGGAGGUUAUGAGUCCACGACUGGAAAUUGCAUCCCCCUUCGGUGCCGGGCCUGUUCAACAUCCUCCUCGCCAUUCUAGCCUAGAGCCGCUGAGCCCGAAUAUAGCCCAACAACUACAGGAUAUGCAAGGUCUACGGCUAGACUCCAGUUCGCCAGCCAGCAUGAUGUCGAAGGGGAAGGACCCGGAUGAUCAAGGCCCGCCUGUUCCUCCAAAGGACCCAUCCAUACACUCCGGCAGGACUGGUCAACUCAAGGACGAACGAGAGAGUAUCGGUGCUCCCAUGUCUCCAACAGUGUCGUUACACCGACCACCCCCACCGGAGCCUGAGCCUGAAUCGGCGCUGCCCUUCGACUUCCACAGGUUCCUCGAACAGUUGCGGAACAAGAAAGCAGACCCGGUCGCCAAGUAUCUGCGAUCGUUUCUGAAUGAGUUUGGUAAGCGACAGUGGAUGGUACAUGAGCAGGUCAAGAUUAUCAGCGAUUUCCUGGCUUUCAUUGCAAACAAGAUGGCAUUGUGUGAAGUCUGGAGGGAUGUGUCUGAUGCUGAAUUCGACAACGCUCGAGAAGGCAUGGAGAAGCUUGUCAUGAAUCGACUGUACGCCCAGACUUUCUCGCCAGCAAUACCUCCGCCUCAGCCAAUACCAGGUGCCAAACCAAGGAGGAAGGGUGCCGAGCGACCCCUGGGGCCUGGGCGCAGGGGCCAGCACCAAGAAGAUGUCGAGCGCGAUGAAGUCGUUGCCCAGAAGAUCAAUAUCUAUGGCUGGGUGCGUGAAGAACAUCUAGAUAUACCGCCGGUCGGGGAAAGUGGGAAACGUUUCCUCAGGCUUGCACAACAAGGUGCGAGAAACUUCACCCAACCCUGGCUUCUUAAGCACUCCAAAUCCGACUCGUCGGCAGACUCGUUCAUGCCACUCCUCAUUUAUGUCACACUCCAAGCAAACCCAGAGCAUAUAGUAUCAAAUGUCCAAUACAUCCUCAGGUUUCGAAAUCAAGAGAAAUUAGGAGGCGAAGCUGGUUACUACCUCUCAUCAUUGAUGGGUGCUGUCCAGUUCAUUGAAAAUAUGGAUCGCACGACACUUACGAUCUCAGAUGAAGACUUUGAAAAGAACGUCGAGGCCGCCGUUUCUGCCAUUGCCGAGAGGCAUCGUUUAGAGUCACCACCUACUUCAGCCACCGCAGAAAAACCACCACAGUCCCUUGGCAGCAUGGGUGAAUUCUCAUCAACCCGACCAUCGAUGGACAACGACGCAGUGACCCACUCUUCGUACACACCUCGCCAGUCAACUUCUAAUGACGAUGGUGAGUACGACGAGAAGGCUGCCAUAACUGGUCUCCUUCGAACCAUCCAGAAGCCGUUAUCUACUAUCGGCAGGAUGUUUUCCGACAGUGAUGAGCCCGUAGCUGGUUCCUCAAGCGCGUCCGCACGCAGCCCCGCCCAUACUCCUCUGCCAGAUUCCAGGCCAAGCACAGGGGGGCAAAGGGUUCCGAGUCAUCAAAGCCGCUAUUCUGCGGAGGAGGCUGCAGCGAGGCAGGCCAGCGCCGAGGCAGCAGAGGCGCACAGGCUGCAUAGGGCAGAACACGCCAAUGUCGUAGAAACUCUAGCCGGCAUGUUUCCUGACCUCGACAGGGACAUCAUCAGUGAUGUUGUUUACCAGAAGGAAGGACGUGUUGGUUUGGCGGUGGAUGCAUGCCUUGCAUUGUCUGCAUGA